ACAGGUCUCUCCCACUAACAGUGGCUCCGGUUGUUCAUUGCAGUAUCUGCCCGUGAAUACAUAUUAUCCUGUCUUUCGGCAUGUCGGUCAGGAACCGGGGGACCGAGCUCGACCUGGAGUGGAUAUCCAAAGUGAGGGUGAACACACACGCCGUCCUGAGGAGAGCUCAGCAGGUACAAGGACAGAAGAGCCCCAAGAAGCAGUGGCAGGCCGCCUGGCUGCUGAAGGCCGUCACGUGCAUCGACCUGACGACGCUCGCUGGAGACGACACGCCGUCCAACGUCCACCGGCUGUGCCUGAAAGCCAUCCAGCCGGUCCGACGCGACCUGCUGCGGGCAGUGGACAUGCACGACAAAGGAGUUACCACGGCAGCCGUGUGCGUGUACCCGUCUCGUGUGGCCGACGCCGUCAAAUCUCUGAAAGCAGCCAACUCCGGCCUCCCCGUGGCCUCAGUGGCUACCGGUUUCCCAGCAGGCCAGACACCGCUGGAGACCCGGCUGCAGGAGGUCCGCUUGGCGGUGGCGGCCGGCGCCGCGGAGAUCGACAUCGUCAUCACCGGACGACUUCUGUGUGUUCCCCGCACAGCCCUGUAUGAUGAGAUCCGUGAGUUUCGGGAGGCCUGUGGCGACGCCCACAUGAAGACCAUCCUGGCUAGCGGAGAGCUGGGCACCUUCGCCAACGUCUACAAGGCCAGCUUGGUCGCCAUGAUGGCGGGCUCCGACUUCAUCAAGACGUCCACGGGAAAGGAGUCCGUCAACGCCACUUACCCCGUCGCCAUCGUGAUGGCGAGGGCCAUCCGGGACUACUUCCUGCGUACGGGCCAGAAGGUGGGCUUCAAGCCAGCAGGGGGGAUCCGGACGGCUCAGGAGUCUCUGGUGUGGCUCGCUCUCAUCAAAGAGGAGCUGGGCAACGAUUGGCUCAGCCCGGUCCUGUUCCGCCUGGGAGCCAGCAGCCUAUUGGCUGACAUCGAGAGGCAGAUCUACCAUCACGUGACCGGGCAGUACGCGGCCUAUCACGAGCUGCCGAUGGCCUGAAGCUGUGGCCUUCCUGUGCCAACGACCAAUCAGAACCUCAGGCUCACGUUGGUGAGCCACGCCCAUGACCAGUGACCAAUGAGACGACUGCUGUCCUGGUAUUAUGUAAUAAUGGAAUGUAUUAUGUCUCCACAUAAUAAGGUUUCUCGUGAAGGAUGUGAGGAGUUGAGCUCAACUUGUUUCAUGUGAAGCAGGAAAGUUAAUAAUACUCAUCAAUCUGCUUCUCAUUUGAACUGAUCUUUCCCAAAAUAAAGUGUUUAUCUAUAAAUAC